AUGGGCGAUCUCCUCAGGACUGGUCGUCCUAAAUCGGGGUCGGAGGACACGUGCGUGCGGCACAACGGGGGUUCGGUGGUGGACAUCACGUUCGCCACCCCGGACCUAGCCCGCCGUGUCCAGGGCUGGAGAGUCCUGGUGGAGGAGGAGACGCUGUCCGAUCACCGGUACAUACGGUUCAGUGUCUCCACUCCCCGGACCAACCAGCCCAGCAACAGUGGAAGUUUGACCUCCCGACGAUGGGGCGGCCAGCGUUGGGCCGUUACGCGGCUCAACCGGGAGGCCGUGAAGGAAGCCGCUCUUGUUCAGGCGUGGUUCCCUGUACCGGCAGGGCCGGUGCGGGUCGAAGAGGAGGCGGAGUGGUUCGGGGGCAAUGUCGCAAAUCUGCGACGCGGCCAUGCCCCGGGCCCGAUGCCUCCCUCCGAAGCGACAGGUGUACUGGUGGUCGGCGGAGCUCACCCAGUUACGCGCGUCCUGCAUGGCUGCGCGCCGUCGACUCGCCAGACACCGCCGCCGUCAUUCCCGUCCGCCCGGCGAUGA